AUGGAGUUUACGAAUCAACCAGCUGCUCAAAAUGAUAGCCACAGCGUCAAAAUCUUCUGCGAGAAAACGGAACACUACUCGUUCGUCAGCCACCUCUCUGCCGCUUUACGCCGGGAAGGCAUCUCUUUGUUCGUAGAUGCAUGCGAGUUUCCGGAGAUCAAUUCUUUCGCCGGUGAUCAGAAUCAUACGAUUUCUGUGGUGGUUACUUCCAAUAUAGAGAAGGUAAACGAUCCUUGGAGUCAUAAGUUCAUAGAGGUCAUCGAGCGUCCCAGGGACAACGGCGCUAGCGGGUGGAUCGUUCCAGUGUUCUAUGACGUCGAUCCAUUUACCCGAGUUUACGGGUGGGCUAAUAGAUGGCUCGAGGCCGGAUACAUAACAACGCACCAAUCAAGGAUCUCAAGCAAUAGGGUACUUUCGGACUCCGAACUAGUGGAAGAGGUCGUGAAAGAUGUUUUUGGAAAGCUCUAUCGUGCAGAAGGAGUUGGAAUUUAUUCGAAGAUCCUUGAGAUUGAAAACUUGCUCUACAAGCAAUCGCGGGACCUCCGAAGCAUAGGAAUUUGGGGUAUGCCUGGCAUAGGCAAGACGACUCUUGCUAAAGCAGUCUUUAACCACAUGUCGACUGAUUAUGAUGCGUCUUGUUUUAUCGAAAACUUUGAUGAAGCGUUUCUUAAAGAAGGACUUGACCACUUGCUCGAAGAAAAAGUUGGUAAAAGUCUAAAGGAAGCGUUUGACAUAAAGAGUUCUUACAUUAUGAGAACGAGUCUCCACAGGGACAAACUAUGUGAUAAAAGGAUUCUUGUUGUCCUAGAUGAUGUGGGCGAUUCUCUUGCUGCAGAGUCUUUCCUUGGAAGGCUUGAUUGGUUUGGUCCCGGAAGCCUUGUAAUCAUGACCUCCAUAGAUAAACAAGUGUUUGCUUUUUGUCAUAUCAAUCAAAUAUAUGAGGUUCGUGGUUUGAACGAGCACGAGGCUCUCCAGUUGUUCUUCCAAAACGCCUAUGAAAAUGACAUGCCAGAGAAUAUUGACAGAGAAAUAUCAAGAAAGGUGAUAGACUAUGCUAAUGGGAACCCGUUGUUUCUCCGCAUCUAUGGCCAAGAGCUUAAGGGGAAGAUGUCAGAUAUGGAAGCUGCAUUCCUCAAACUCAAGCAAUGUCCUCCUCAAAAGAUUAAAGAUGUGGUAAAGAGUGUAUAUAGCACACUUGGUGAUAACGAGAAGAACAUUUUUUUGGACAUUGCUUGUUUGUUCAGGGGAGAAGAUGUCAACUAUGUGAUCCAAAUGCUGGAAGGGUGUCGUUACUUUCCACACAUUGGAUUAAAUGUUCUUGUGGAGAAAUGGCUGGUGACUAUUCCAGAAAAUACAGUGCAAAUGACUAAUCUGAUCCAAGACAUCUGCCACGAAAUCCUCAAUGGAGAAACAGAGAGUUCCACCAGGAUGUGGGAACCUAACAGCAUCAGAUAUCUACUCGAAAGUGAUGUUCUGAAUGCAAGUGGAGAAUCCAGUGCAACACCUAAAUAUGGUUUGGUCGCUGAAGACAUAGAAAGCAUAUUUCUGGACACAUCGAACUUGGAAUUUGAUGUCAAACAUGAUGCCUUCAAGAAUAUGUUUAAUCUCAGGUUCCUAAAGAUAUACAGUUCUUGCUCUAAAUAUGUUCCCGGACUCAACUUUCCCAAGGGGCUUGAUUCUCUGCCUUGUGGGAUAAGGCUCCUCCAUUGGGAGAACUAUCCUUUGCAAUCUUUGCCUCAAGAUUUUGAACUUGACAACCUUGUUGAACUUUGUAUGUCUUACAGUCAGCUUCAGUCACUCGGGACAAGAACCAAGAACCUUAAGAUGUUGAAGAGGAUCAGGCUUUGUCAUUCCCAGCAGCUAGUUGAGUUCGAUCUAGUUUUAUUUGCUCGAAAUAUUGAGCUGAUUGAUCUCCAAGGCUGUACAAGAUUGCAAACUUUUCCAGACACUAGUGAAUUACAACAUCUCCGAGUUAUAAAUCUCACAGGUUGCACAGAGAUCAAAAUUUUCCAGGGAGCUCCACCAAAUAUUGAGGAACUACAUCUUCAAGGAACCAGUAUAAGGGAAGUACCAAUAUCCAUUGUGAGCCAGUCCCCCCAAAAAAUUAAGCUGGACCGCCAAAAGCUUCUGAAUCUUCUAGAAAACUCUCAAGAUGUUGAGCAUAUCGACUUGGAGAGUGUAACAGAUGUGGCUAAAGUAAGUUCAUAUAAUCAACGGUUUGAAAGACUUGUCCACUUGAACAUGAAAGAUUGUUCUCAUCUGCGAAGUCUUCCUGACAUGGCCAAUUUAUUAGAUUCUCUCCAAGUUCUACACCUGUCUGGUUGCUCAGAGCUUAUGGAAAUUAAGGGUUUCCCAAGAUACAUGAGGAAGUUAUAUGUUGGUGGAACCGCAAUACGAGAAGUGCCACAACUUCCCAAUAGUCUAGAGUUCUUGAAUGCUCAUGGUUGUACGCAUUUGAAGUCGAUUUUGUUAAACUUUGAGCAGCUUCCUAGGCAUUACACCUUCAGUAAUUGUUUCAAUUUUUCUUCACAAGUGAUCGCUGACUUCUUAGAGAGAGGUCUAACUAGAGUAGCAAGGAUAGCAAGAGCGCAGCAACAGGAAGUCAUCAGAGAACCUGAAGUCAUUAUCUGUAUUCCUUCAGACGCACGUAAGAGAUUCUCCUUUCUAUUGCAAGCAGGACCAAAUGUAAUGAUAGAUUCUCCUUGGACACGAAAACCUCUCUCUGGCUUUGCUAUGUCAGUUGUGGUAUCAUUUCAGGAUGAUCACCACAAUGUCGUAGGUCUAGGGAUUAGGUGCAUAUGCACAUGGCAGACCAGGAACGGCUUCUUGGGUAAAAUGGAGAGACUAUUUCGUUGUUGGGAUCCGACGGAAGCUCCAAAAGUUGAAUCGGAUCACAUAUUCAUCUUCUAUGAUACCGAAAUGCACACCAAUGGUAGUGAAGAAAACCCAAAUUUGUGGGUCAAAUUUGAAUUCCACGCAGUGAGUUGGGACAACAAGCUUUUAGGUGCUAAUUGCAUGGUGAUUCAUUGUGGUGUUGAGAUAAUUACGGCUCCAAUAAAUGAUACAAUACCUAGUGAAAUCACAAUAGAGAGUGAAGCUUCAAGUGUUAUUGAGGAGUAUCCUCUAACAUCUUCAAGAAUAGUGCUGGAGGCAAAGAGCCCUAGUCCUCUUCUAUCCAACAUGCCGCGUACGGUUUCUAGAGCACAGAGGAGUGCCGGCCCAGAACACAUGCGAGGGAAGUGGUGGAGUAGGGAUCCCAAAUUUAGAAGGCAUAAAUUUAGUUUUUUCAUACGAAGAUUUAUAUAUCAUACACAAAGUUUGGUAUCCAAUUAA